AUGUUUACCUCAAAGAAAGAUUUUGCUUUAUUAGCUCGACAAGUUCAACUAUCGUCUCGAGAAGUUGCAGCAGCUGCUGCUACGACUACUGCAACCGAAACUUCUACUCCAUUUCUUGUUGAUGUUUAUCAAGUACGAUUAUGGAAAUUACUUACUAAACCAGACAAAGCUGAUGUAGAAGCUAUUGGACAAACAUUUAAAUGUAAUCCACAAGAAUUACUACAUACGAUUGUUGCUCUUUACGAUAAUUCACUGUCAGAUAUUGGCGGUGAAACAAUUUAUAGUACAAUUUGUUCGCCAAAAGUUGUUACGAUACUUGUUGUAUUCGAUAAUCCACAUGUUGUAUUAAAAGAACCAACUAUUACUCCUAUAGUUAUUAAAGAAGAUGACUGUCUUGAUACAUUACUUGAAAAUGUUGAAUAUCCAGAUAGUGUUUUUAAGGACGUUUUCUCUGAUUCAUCAUCUAGUGAAAGUUCAGAUGAUGAUGACGAUGAUAGCGGAUCAGACGAUAAUGAACAUGAUUAUUCUGUUGGUGUUGGUAAAUUUCUAGAAAAAGUUGCAGCUGAUAAAAUUAAUUUUAAUAAACGUCUUAUUGGUUGCCUUAGUUUUCAAAAAAUUACAACGUUUCCAAUAACAAGUCAAGAAGAGCAUGUCCUAGAUCUUCAAUUAAUGGCUUGUCGAAAAAAAUAUCGUGGUCACGGAAUCGGUCGACAUUUAUUAAAAUUAAUAAUGAACAAUGAGUUCGUUGGAGAAUACGAUGCUAUUGUAACUGCAUCUGAUCAAAGUGCUAUCGAUUUUUAUAGAAAAUUUGGCUUUACAGAAGAUGCUAUUAUAUUAAGCAAAUACAAGGCUAUUGGUGAUUGUUGGACAAAUACAACAAAAAUGUGUUAUUUACCACCUUAUAAUGUUGUUAAUGAGGAUCCUAUUCGGUGUUUAACCAUUAUGGAUGAUCAAUUUCAAAAAUGGCAAAAAACGAUGUUUAGCAGUUAUCAAAAUCAAGCAGCGUUAUUUAAUCGACUAAAAAAUGAAAUGAUUGGUUUGUAUGCUAAAAUAAAUACGCAAGACCAAAUAAUUGUUUCAUUGAAUCGUACACGUUUUUUACUAGCUAAAGAAAAUGCAUCGCUUAAGUUAAAAUUAUCUGGAUCAAAAUCAUCUGGCGAUGAAAAUAAUGAAGACAUUGAAGAACUUGAAACUCAUCAGAUGGUGCAAGAAAUGGAAAAAAUGUCGAUAACAAAUGAAAAAUUGUUAAUUGCUCAAAUGUCUUUAUUAGUGGGCGAUGAUUGUAAUACACCGAUGGCAAUUGAAUUUUGUAGACAUAAACUUAGAAAUCCUGGCGAAUAUGAAAUUAAAGCAAAAAAGAUCACCAUUGACUUAGCUACAAUCGCUUUAUAUAAAAGUGGACUGGCUUCAUUGCAUCAUGGUAGCCCAAAAAGUGAAACAUUACUUUUUUACUUCGGUCAUCAUGAUCAUCUUGAAAUAAUCGUUACUGCUGGUUUUACUAAUGAAGAUUUUCUCUAUGGUUCAUUUGGUAAAGGUCUCUAUUUUCAUUCGACUCUAAGAAAUCUACAAAUACAAAAACCUCAGAAAUUUCUUCUUUGUAAAGUUGCAUUAGGCCGCACUGAGCUGGUAUCUAAACAAAAAUCAAAAUCAACGAUUACGCUCAAAAGAAAUAUCGAAUACGAUUCUGUUAAAAUUUUCGAUAUGGACACGAGAGAUGACGGUGACGAUGACGAUGAAUUAGUGAUUUUUGAUUCUCAUCUUGCUCUGCCAUUAUUUAUUAUAACACUCGAAUAA